AACUGCGCGAACAGGAGAACGAAAAGCUGCGCCAGGUGGGACUGGCUCAGGGCAUGGUCGACUUUGCCCGGUAUAUUUGAAGUUAUGCUGUUGCGCGGGCUCUGGAGCAGACAAACUGAUGUUGUGCAGGAGCUUCUCCAACGGCGAGGCAGUUGACUCAGUAGAAACACACAAGUCACGCAUUGUCCUGCAAGAGUUGGAGCCGGGCUGGUGGAUUCUUGCUUCCGUCGACCUUACCCAACUGCCCUCAGCUGCGACUACCGCCUCUAGGACGGCAGGUGCGAGCGCGAGCUCUGCAGCGCCGGCCGUCGAGUACUCGGCGCGAGAAGUCAGCCCUCCAGCACUGCUACUUCAGCAGUUGAUUCGUGCCCACUCUGUCUUCCUCCUUCACCAUUCUGCCUCUCUGACUGACCUAUGGGCCCGUCUGGACCGAUCUAAGUUCUGCAACCUACUGACCGCAUUCUGGGGUCGGUUUGCAAGCAACUGGGAUGUCCUACUACACGGCAGUCCCGCAGUCGACAUAUUCGGGGGCCUGAAGCUUGCUGCCGGGGGUGAACUUGGCAUGGGCGUCGGAGAAGAAGAGUGGGGUAGUGGGGAACGAGAAGUGUUGGAGGACUAUGCCCGUAGAACAGACGGCUUGGUGGACAUUAUGGUGUCUCGUUUCGGCGAGCCGUCGCCCCUGCAGCACCCUAAGGCUGUUGCCAACCCCAAAUCGCCAGCUAACACGUCCGAGCUCGAACCCUGGAUUGGGAGCGGAAACCACGUGCAUGCCGCAGACGGUGUUGUCUUUUCAGGGGUCGGGGCUGUGAGUCGGGGUUCACUCCGUGCUCUCUCUCACUGGAUCGAGUCGAUAUAUUGUUACGGGGACUAUGCCUAUGGUGUGCGAGACAACCCGACUGCCGAUCGAAGAAAGAGGCGGAGAAAGGCUCCCAAAGCGCCCGAAUCAGGACGCUCGACUCCGGAGCCCAAGAAGGUUCAACCCCAACCCCAUUUGGGUGGCAGCGCUACGAAUGUAGGCUCUGGAAUACCGCCCGGCAUACCGCCUCCUAUUGUUUCCGCCGUGGAGGCUUCUUUAGACAAAGCCUCAACCGCUGUUGAUUCGACGGUUCAAUCUGAAAUGAACAAUUCUGCACCUAUCAUGGCUUCUCUAGGCGGUGCGGAAACCUGGAUGAAAUAUAUGACUCUAGGUUAUGGCACUGUUUGGGGCGGGAAGAGCGCCCCAGUCAGUGAGCCAUAUUCACCGCCAGACACUACCUGCCAAGGAGACGCAUCGCCAGAGGUCUCUAUGCGUUACGUAGAGCCUGAGCCUGAUGUUGACCGUGCAGAGGAGAAGCUGAAGACACAGAUACAGCACGAGAAUGCUGGAUACUUCAUUAUUGGUCUUAAAGGUGACAUGGAAGACGAAAAUGCCGACGAUGGUGACGAGUGGAACAACCGUAUUCCACUGCGAACUGUGCACGUUGAGCUCACAGGCGAGAAAGCGACACAAGAUCCAGGCUGGGAAGAUAAGACUCCUUCCUAUGAGAAGGAGCUGGGUGGGAUGCGUUCGUCGCGCAGACUUAUACGACUGCGACCUGUCGUCUACGUACAUCGUCCAUUCAUCUACACAUUCCUAUUCAAUCAUCGGACGGAAUCACUGACUCUUGCCUCAUUCUACCGGAAUCUACACACAUAUUUCUCCCCCUUACACCGCCCACUGAGUAACAGCACGUCUCCAGAUAAGGUUGCCUCACGCAUUGCGGCAGCUUCUCAACCCUACACUACUGUCUCUUCCAACUCAACCUCUGGACCAAAUACGCAGCCAAUCUAUGAUUUAGUAUACGACCCUCUCACACUUACUAUACAUACAAGUAUUCCAAACAUUCCAGAGCCGGGUACACUUAUUGCGGAAGGAAUUAGCAGCGCCGCUAGCCUCUCAGGUUGGAAUAGAGUAGAGGCUCUCAACGUGCACUCGCAGAUUUUGGCGGCCGUAUCAGGCACUCGACGCAGCUUCUCAGAGAUUGAACGAACAUGCAAGACCAGCCGUGGGUGGUGGGUAGUCUGGAUGAGACUCCCACCUUCUCAACGAGAUCCUCCCACUAAUACGUCGGCCGAAUCGGAAGAGUUCAAUGUGGCAGAUCUGCGGGAAGCUUUCCUCGUUCGCCUAGCUCGCGAUGGCGCUGUUUCAUCAACAAAGAGCUCAGGAAACAGAAUGGGCAGUGGCAUGUGGAGGCUUGGUGUACCUUCAACUGGCCAAAAAAUGGGCGGGGCAGCUGCUGGGUGGGGCCCGAAGGGGUUGGGCGAGGGGAUUGGAAUUGAUGCCAGGAGAUAUGUGGAAGGACUUUUGAGCUUGAAUCGUUGACAGCUGUUGUAUUACAUACAUCUAUUCGCUGGAUGACAGACGAGGUA